AUUACCCCGCCUCUUCCGGCUUGCAGUGCAACAUGGCGCAGGGACAACGCAAGUUCCAGGCGCAGAAACCUAAAAGCAAGGCGGCUGCUGCGGCGGAGCGGAGCCGCGGGCCUCGGAAAGGCGGUCGAGUCAUCGCUCCCAAGAAGGCGCGCGUUGUGCAGCAGCAAAAGUUGAAGAAGAGCCUGGAAGUGGGGAUCCGGAAGAAGAUCGAGCACGAUGUGGUGAUGAAGGCCAGCUCCAGCCUGCCUAAGAAGCUCGCACUGCUGAAGGGGGCGUCAAAGAAGACAGGGGCCGCCACCCCUGGCAAGACACCAUCCUGAAGGCACUAGGACUUCGCAGGUGACCCCGCAGGCUGGCCGGACUCUGCUCCAGUCCUGGUGGCACCUGGAAUGACAAUGGGCAGUGGUGGUAAAGCCUCAGGCUAGCCCCGGGUGCUGAAGAGUACUCCGUUUGCAACGGAGAGGAUAGACUUGGCCCUGUGGUCUUCAGCUGUUCAGCGGGAAGAGUGUUGGGGACUCGGUGGGAAUAAUCUCUCCCCAGUCAUCUGAUGUCAUCCAUCAUUGUCUAUGCAUAAAGAGGGCUCCUGUAUCUGCAGUGAGGCACCUCCUCCUCCUGUCACACCAGGAAUCCAGUGUUACCCAAUAAAGCUGUGACAGAG